AACCAAACCUGUCAAAAUAUUUUUAAAACCCAUGUGACCGGAAUUUCUAUGUUAGAUAUUUUUUUAAACCGAAAAUAACAAUAAUUAGACCAUAAUUAAGUGUUUUUAAAACCAUGUAUCGCUUAUUUAGUCUGCAUAAAUCGCGGGUGUACCCGCUAAAAGGUGUGUCAUUGAAUAGGAACGAAACGAUUUUUAGGUUAUUUGGUCGCAGUUCUUGCGAUUUAUGCAAUUUAUCGAAUAAUUCCGCCCCCAAACGGUUUCAAUCGACUCACACCAAUCCUAACCUCAAAACUAGGAAGCUCAAAAAACGAAAAACCACCAAAAAAUACACAGAUCUUUUAAUGGUUUCAAAUGGAUCUACGAAUGAGUAUAAAGCUCGGAUAACUCGGUUAAAUCCUAACGAUUUAAAAUUCUUAGCUUUAACGAAUUUAAAUUUAAGUGAACUACAUAAAUUAAAAGAUAUGAUGAGAAGUAAUAAAUUCGUGGAAGAACACACAUAUAAUAACCUCACCAUCAUUGAUAACCCACAAAUAUAUGAAGAAAAAGUUAUCAUCGAACAAACUAAUCUCGAAGACGAAAUCGAAAACUUAGAAAAUAACGUUUUAGACACGAAAAUACCUUCAAAUACAUUCCAUCCUGAAGUAAUUGAAGAUGAAAUCCAAGAAUUAGAAGUUGAUGAAGAUCCCGUAAAGGAGUUAACCUCAAAAAAACGACAAGAUGUCAAAUUAAAACAAGAAAUUGUUUCAAAAACUUUAGGAGCCUAUUUAGAGAUAUGCAGUGUUUUAAAUAACCCCCAAAAAGGGUUAAACGCAAUUUGGGGACAAAAAUCUCGUUUUAAAUCGAUAAACAUUUUAAACAUCGGACCAUAUAACGCCCUUUUACACGGAUUCGCUUCUCGUGGUAACUUCACAAAGUUACAAGAAGUCCUAAAAAUAAUGCAAACCGAAAAAAUAUCCCCCAACAUUAAAACUUACGCGAUUAUUUUAGAAUGUUUAGGCCGAAUUAAAGGAAACGAUCAUUUAAAAUUCGUUGAAAAAUACAUUUUAGAAUUAAAAGAAAACGGUUUUGAUUUCGACCAAAUUUUGAAUGAAGUAAAUUUUGUUUUAGACCAACGCGAUUAUGUUUUAAAAGCUAUUAGAAUGUACGAUAAAAAUUAUGAACCGAUUUAUAAAGAAUCCGAUUUUAAUUAUUCAAUUAAUUUAUUAGAUCAUUUAAAUAAUAAUAAAGAAGAACGUUUUGAGGAGAAAAAAGAUGAGGAAAAAAAUUUGAUUGGGGUUCAAAAAAUGCGGAAAAACGUGCUGGAACAAAUCGAGAUUGAAAAAAUGGGUUAUUUAAGAGUUAAAAACAUCGAAAUCGUUGAAAAACCCAAUAAUGAAGUGUUAAAAUUUCGCGAAUCUCUCAAAAAAUUGAUUAAAUCGUGGGAAAUAGACGCGUUACUCGGAUUUAACCGCGAUUUAGCUACUUUAAGCGCUAAAAGGCACUAUUUAAAUUUAGAACCUUAUUUAAGAUCGAUCCCAAAUAGGGAUUUCAUCAAUAUUAUUGUAGAUGAAGCGAUGUUAAUCGCACAAGGGUCGGAGACUUAUAGUCCAACCGUGAGGCAUUUACACAGAGAAUUAGGGAGAAAAGUUUUCGCGAGAUACACAAUUUUAAGAAAAACAAAAACUAAAGUUUUAGAUAAAAUUUUAAAAAUACAUAGUGAUUAUUGCGAGGAUUAUUGCUUCUCACAUCAAGAGUUAGGUAUUUUACCUACGAAAAGUGUCGAUGUUAAUACAAGAAAAAAGUGGCAAUCAUUGGAAUUUCAAACGAAAUCAGAAGGUUCUUCGAUUAGUUUGGAUAAUUUACCUUGGCCCCCUGGUGUUUUGCAACAGAUUGGAAAAUUUUUGUAUAAUAUCGUUAUGCACGAUUUGAAGAUUGAUGUUAAUGUGAUGAGGGAUAAUAGUAAACACAAAAACCACCUUCCAGCAUUUUACACAGUUUUCCGCCAUCAAGGUCGCAUAGUAAACGAAGAAGUCAAACCACACCCAGUUUUAUCCCGCUUACAUCGAGCAUCAAUGCCAGAAACGCUAACAUUUCCCGCCUCGGAAGUCCCAAUGCGCUGCCCCCCGCUACCUUGGUCCAAUCUAACAACAGGCGGUUAUUUAGUCGCUCCCACCGAAUUCGUCCGACUACCACUGACAGCGCAAGCACAAAAAGAACGCCUCGAAAACUCGGACGUCCGACAAUUAUAUCCGAGUUUCGAUGCUUUAAAUCAGUUAGCCGCCGUGCCGUGGAGGGUUAACGGAAAGAUUUUAGAUUUGAUUUUGAAAGUUUUUCGGAAAGGCGGAUCGGAUAAAUUGAAUGUUCCAGAAAAUCCGGUUUUUUUGCAACCACCAUCUCCAGUUACGCCGGAUAUGGAUAAAUCGCAACGGUUUCAAUUAUUUAAAGAAAAAUUGCAGUAUCGGAGGAAAAAAAGCGAGAUGUAUUCGUUAUGGUGUGAUUGUUUAUAUCGAUUAUCUUUAGCUAAUCAUUUUCGAGAUGAAAUCUUUUGGUUACCACACAACAUGGAUUUUAGAGGUCGCGUCUACCCGAUCCCCCCGCAUUUAAAUCAUUUAGGGUCCGAUUUAGCCCGAUCUAUGUUGGUAUUCGCGGAAGCCCGCCCAUUAGGCCCCGAAGGUUUAAAAUGGCUAAAACUCCACCUCGUUAAUUUAACCGGAUUAAAAAAGCGAGAUUCCGUUGAGGACCGGUUAAAAUUCGCGGAAACAAUUCUCGAUAAAAUUUUUGAUUGCGCGGAUCAUCCGUUGGAUGGAUCUCAAUGGUGGGUUGAAUCUGAUGAGCCAUGGCAAACAUUAUCAUGCGCGAUUGAAAUAACCGAGGCGAUUCGUUCUGGUGAUCCAGAAAAUUAUCAAUCGUAUUUUCCGAUUCACCAAGAUGGGAGUUGUAAUGGAUUGCAGCAUUACGCGGCGUUGGGGAGAGAUAGCGCCGGGGGAUUUAGUGUUAAUUUAACCCCCGCGGUAAAACCUCAAGAUGUUUAUAGCGCAGUCGCGGUUUUAGUCGAGGAAAAAAGGAAAGAAGAUGCUGAAAAUGGGUUGGAAAUCGCGAAAGUUUUGGAGGGAUUCGUUCGGAGGAAGGUUAUUAAGCAAACCGUGAUGACUACAGUUUAUGGUGUAACAAGAUAUGGGGCCCGAUUACAAAUUGCGAGGCAAUUAAAAGAUAUUGAUGAUUUUCCUAAAGAGCACGUUUGGGCUGGAUCAUCUUAUUUAACUACUCGCACAUUUGAGUCACUCCGCACGAUGUUUACAUCAACCAGAGAGAUACAAGACUGGUUCACGGAGUGUGCCCGAUUAAUCUCAUCAGUUUGUGGAGAAAACGUGGAGUGGGCCACUCCGUUAGGUUUGCCUGUUGUUCAACCUUAUUUCCGGUACAAAAAAUUAACUCAAAACGCUUAUUUCGAACAAUUCCACAUUGAUAAAUAUGAAAAACCCAACGUUAUGAAACAAAAAAAUGCUUUCCCCCCAAAUUUUAUCCACUCAUUAGACUCAACUCACAUGAUGUUGACUUCUUUGCACUGCGAAAGGGCUGGAAUUACUUUCGUUUCGGUUCACGAUUGUUAUUGGACUCACGCGAGCACUGUUCAUAUUAUGAAUAAAAUUUGUAGGGAACAAUUCGUCGCGUUACAUUCGCAAACGAUUUUGGACGAUUUAUCCGAGUUUUUAGCUCAAAAAUAUAGCUUUAGUGUGGAGGAUUUGUCUUUGGAUGGAUCACCGUCGGAUAUGGCUAAGCGGAAAUUGAACAAAACGUUGAGGAAAUUACCAAAAUUAGGAGAUUUUGAUAUAAAGGAGGUUUUGGAUUCAGUGUACUUUUUUAGUUAACUUUUUUAUUUAAAAACGUUGUAAUGAAAUUGUGAUUUUUUUAAUAAGAAUAAAUGUUUAAUUUAAGUAAUGGAUUAUACAGGAUGUCACUAAAGUUUCAUUACUACUAAAAAUUCCUACAAAAAUCCAAAAGAUUGUUUUGUGCGUUUUCAGAUGUUCGAUGAGUGACCCAGAAGGAAUUUCCCAUAGAGGAUUACACCACACAAAACAAUUAUGGUUAACAGCGCAAAAGAAAUAAAUCUUUAAUGCACCACAAGUCACAAGGCAGUACUUCAACAGGCAGUGAAUUGGCGUCAAGGAAUCUUAAUAAAAAUCAGGUUAGGUUUUCAGUUAACCUCCAAC